ACCGGGUUUGAUGUGGCGCAAUAGCUCUAUUCUGGAGCGUAUGCUGCAAAUUAGUUUUAAAAAUAUAUUUAAAAAUUAUUUUAGGAGUCUGAAGAGGUUUAAAAUAUGCUUGUUCGAAGGUUUAGCGGGUGUCAUGUCUUUAUAAAUGUUUGUUUUUAGAGUAUGUGCGUAAUUUAUAAAGACCAUGGAGCUUAAAAUGGCAGCCAUGAAGAGACACGUGUCCUUUAAUUUGUGCUGAAGUUUAAAACCCUGCAGCAGGAGUCAUGGCUCAGGUGUGGAGAGAUGUGAUGGCUGUGUUGCCUGCGACUGAAACUGAGUUCCCCCUUGUGUUUGGUGAAGUGGUUGAACCAAGUGUGCUGGUCAUGUUGGAGCUCAGCAGGAAGGAGCUGUACAGCUCAUUGAUCCCUUCCUGUAUUGAAAAAGCCCAGGUUAUUAUUGAUUACUCCUGGGAGAAACUCAACACAGGGACAUGGCGAGAUGUGGACAAGGAGUGGAGACGUGUUUACUCAUAUGGCUGCUUGUUUAAAGCUGUAGGAACGUGUCAUGGAGAAACAUCACAAGACAAGCUUCAGGAUGCCAUAAAGACAUGUGAUAUGGGUUUGCUUAUGGGUGCCUCCAUCAUGGAGAAUGUUUUGCACAGACUCAUAGUGGUUCUGAAAAAUAAAGUGAAGGUUCCUAGCAAAGAAGAGGACCAUGAGCAACCCUGUCCAAAGAAACUGAGGAAAGAGUGUAUCCUGAAGCCCAUAAUCAACCCUGCGCUGUCAGUACAGAGGGUUCGAUGCCCAGCUCUCGAAAGUUUCCGAUCAGAAUUUCUGGAGCCCAAAAUGCCGGUCAUACUCGAGGGAACCAUUGACCAUUGGCCUGCCUUCAAAGAGCACACAUGGAGUGUAGAGUACCUGCGAGUAGUAGCAGGCUGCCGGACUGUUCCUGUCGAGCUGGGAUCCAGGUACACUGAUGAAGAGUGGUCACAGCAGCUCCUGACAGUGAAUGAGUUCAUUGACCGUUACAUUCUGAGCCAAGGCGAGGCUCCUACAGGAUACUUGGCUCAGCAUCAGCUUUUUGAUCAGGUCCCAGAGUUGAAAGAAGACAUCCGUAUCCCUGACUACUGUUGCCUUGGAGAGGGGGAUGAAGACAACAUCACGAUUAAUGCUUGGUUUGGCCCAGGAGGAACCAUCUCUCCUCUGCAUCAGGAUCCCGAGCAAAACUUUCUGGCUCAGGUGGUUGGAAGAAAGUACAUUCGUCUGUAUAGACCUGAGGAAAAAGAAAAUCUCUAUCCACAUCAGUCUGAGCUUCUGCAUAACACCAGUCAGGUGGAUGUUGAAAAUCCAGAUGUAGUCCAGUUCCCAGACUUCUUCAAAGCCUCUUAUCAGGAGUGUGUACUUGAGCCUGGUGAAGUCCUGUUCAUCCCCAAACAGCACUGGCAUUAUGUCCGCUCAUUAGAGCUCAGCUUCUCUGUUAGCUUUUGGUGGUCGUGAUAUUGGUGCCCCUUUAACAUUUUUCAACAUUAUAAGUAAUAUUAUACAUACAGGACACUUUUUCAGUUUAAUAAAAACAUGUAUUCUAUUCCCUUCUAGCAGGUUUCAUUCAUUUGGUUUGAUAGCAUGCAAUAUUGUUAGCUUAUCCUAUGUGUAUUACGUCACUCUACCCAAUAGAGAAUGAGCGUUGAAUAUGGUUUACGAUGUUGCAUGGUUACCAAGAUAGCAUGACAUCACAGAUCAGAGCUGAUGCAAAUAUCCAAUGGGAGUUUUCUGCUGCGCAUGCACAGAAGCAUUUCUUUGUUCACCAGGAAAGAGAGAGACGCGUUGAACACCCGAAAGGCUACCAAAACGUCAUUAGAUAUUCUUCAUGCAUAUUGACGAGAAAAACAUACCAACGGACAUCGAAAAACUGGAAAAGCGACACAUCGGAGAUGUAAAACUUCUGUGCUAGCAAGCGACUGUGACAAUUUGUAAACAAACAUGGCUGCCAGGUUUGCUUUGUUAAAUACAGAAGAUUUUGAAAGAGAAAGGCGCAUUGAACACCCAAAAGGAACGUGUAUGAAUAUUGGCUGGCUUUUUUUCGUGGUAUAUCAUGUAUACACCACGAAAAAAGAAAACUAUAUAAAAUCUGAUAGACCACUCAAAGCCACCCAGUAUUACUUAAAUAUUGGAUCAUUUCUGCAGUGUCAAAAUCUUAUGGGGUAUUUCAAGCAAAUAAUCAGAUACCGUUUACAAUCGAAGUAUUGUGAAAUAUGCAACAGAAGUCAAAUAUGAUUUCCUUCCCCCUCAACCUAUUUUUGAAGCUCUCUUGCGAUGGUUAGCAAAUUUAACCCUUUAAUUCCUAAUUUGUGAUCAUUUACAAAUAGUGCAUAUGUAAAUUAGUCUUUUUAUACUAAUUUUGUCUUGGUUUAUUUUAUGACCAAACUGAUUUCCAGAUACUUUUUCCAACCAAAAAAAUUGUACGUCAAUAAUCGACCUUUUUUUUUUUUUUUUUUUUUUUCCAGACCAAAAAAAAAAAAAUCAAUACUGGCUUCAGUGAAAACACAAGCAAGGGUGACUUGCUUGAGUCUCCAGAAAAACUGUGGCAGGUUCUCAAAGCUGCCUCGAAAAGCUGCCAAAGGCUUGUCAUGCCAAAUAUUGACUUGGUGCUUUUUACUGCUCUUUAUAGAGAACAUUAAGUUCAUUAUUUUUAAAGGCUUCUUUGCCUUAGUGUGUGUUUUUUUUUUUUUUUUUUUUUUUUUAAAAACACCUCUGUUUAAGAUUUUGAAAAGUACUGUAUGUCCAAAAGUUUGUGGACACCUGACAGUAAUGCUUAUACAUGCUUUCCACUAGAUUUUGGGGCGUGGCCGUGGGGAUGUGUUCAUUCAGCUACAAGAGCAUUGGUGAGAUCAGACACUGAUGGUGUGUGAGGAUGUUCCAGUUCAUCUCACAGGUGUUCAGUACAGGACACUCGGUGUUCUUCCUUCAUUAAUCUUGGCAAAGCAUGUCUUCAUGGAGCUCGCUUUAUGUACUUGUCACAAGUCUCAGUUUCAGGCUGAAGGAGGGGAAACUGUAAAGCUACAGAAUACAAAGACAUUCUCUACAAAUGUGUGGAAACAGUUUUGGGGAAGAACCACAUAGUGUGCAUAAAGUAAAAAGACAUUUACUGCAUUUGUAUACUUGUACCAUCAUUAUUACACUUUUUUUUUUUUUUUUUUUUCCUAUCAGGCUGAUGAUUUGACCCAAAGCAUCUUAUUAACUGCCAAGAUCACAGCAGAGCAGUUGGAGGUCAAGGGUGUUGUUCAAGGACCCAACCAUUCCCAGUGUUGGGAUUUAAACUGUCAACCUUCAAGUCAAUAGCUCAAAGCCUUCAUCACUGACCUUGAACAUUACAUUAAAUUAAAUUUGUGAGUAUCAUACAUGUUACACACACAUCUCCCUCUAAACAUUUAGUUGGAGAUGAUGAAUCCCUAUCAUCACUUUGGGGUUUGUUUGGGUUUUUUUGAACAAAAAACAGUGUUAAACCACACUGUAUAUUGAUGUUCGCUUCAGGCCUGGUUGUUUAUCACUAAACUCCACAUUUAAGAAUUCGAACAAUAAACACUCACGCGGUUAUGCAUUAUUAGCACAUUUUAAUUAUUGAGGCUGAUGUUCCUUUUUUUAUUUGUAUCAGGAGGAACUACACAUCCGGUACUUCCAGUUAUAUACAGUAUAUUCCUCAUUCGUUAAUUCAUGUUUACCACAGCCAGCUUACAACUAUGACAAUUACUUUUGAAAAUGUUUUGACUUGAAAAAUGUAUAUUGUUUAAAGCAUUGUGUAUGUACAUGAAAAAAUUAAAGGGGGAAUCAAUGAACAUUUGCAUUUUUAAUUAUAUAGAGCAGGGCUUUUCAAAGUGUGGGGCGCCAGAGUUCUUCAGGGUUUGGGUUUUUUUUGAACAAAAAACAGUGUUAAACCACACUGUAUAUUGAUGUUAGCUUCAGGCCUGGUUGUUUAUCACUAAAGAGAGACAAAAUGGAUCGAUUUUUAGUACCUAAAGCUACAGUGAGUGAGGAGAUAAAGUCUGGGCCAAGCAAAAAAACAGAGCCUCCAGGAUGUUGCGAUUUGCAACUUCAGCGCAAAUUCAACCAAUCCCCGCGAAUUCAGGGCGGUGCUGCAAUUAUCUCCAAUCACCGCAACUUUCCCGCAAAUUUGACCAAUCAUUGGCGUCGUCUUGAGGUGACGUCGACAAACUACCUUCCGCCUUACUUCCGUGUGUUCAAGAGAAGCAGCAUGCGCGUUAUGUUUACAGUGAAGCACUGUGUGCACUUUUAUUUUUUUUUUUACUUAAUACAAGAAAUUAAUGGAUGCCAACAUUUUUGCCAAAAUGGUAUUUUAUUUUCCAUUGUUUAGGCAGCUUCAGCAUCAUACUGUGAGAUUCUGUUCAAAUUGUUUUUUUUCUUCUAUGAAGCCUGAGCCAUUUAUUUUUAGUUUAUAAUUAUUGUUUAAUUUAGUCUUCAGGAGAGACUGCCUGCACACAGUACUAGUAUUAAUAGUUUUUUUUCUUAUAUGAAAAAAAACUAUUAUAACGCCACAGGCUUGCUCAUUGGGGAUAGAUUAGGGAUAAAAUUAGCUCAUGUUUUAAGUCGUUCAAAUUCUGUAAAGCUGCUUUGCGACAAUGUUUAUUGUUAAAAGCGCUGUACAAAUAAACUUGAUAUGAAAGCUGAGGCAUUUAUUAUAUUUUAAGGUAACUUCAUGUUGUGCUGUGAGGUUCUCUGCACUUUAACUUUUGAACCAACAGGUGCAUUUGGAUAAGUAAAGCCUAUUUUUCUGCAUUUUUGUAGUCCUGGUAAUCUUUUACAUUGGCAAAGUUGUUUAUAGGACCAUUUCUCAAUGUCUGUUUUUUUUAAUCGAUAGUUUUUUAGUAAUAAUUUUAAUCACAAAGAGAAAAUUGCAACAAUUUCUCGCAACUUUCACUUCCUCCCCCAAUGUAAUCGCAACAAAAGCCUAAAAAACACCACAACUUUCAUCGCAAUUUUUUUUUGGAAAACCCCCGCAACAUCAGACGUUUUAGCCCACAACAAUCACAAAAAAGGCCCACGGAAUCCUGGGGGACUGGAAAAAGAAGGAAGUAUGACCACGAUUAUUUAAAGUUUGGAUUUUCAUGGACUGGAUCUGAAGAUGCUCCACUGCCACAGUGUGUUGUCUGCCAAGAGGUGCUAGCUAACGAUGCUAUGAGAUGUUUAAAAUGUGAAAAAGAAAAAAAUGUGUACAACAACCAUUUUUAAAAAUAUGAAUGGAACAUUUAAGUAUAGCAACAACAAAAAUUGUAAGGGGGGCUGACUCUCCCACACUUUGAAAACCCCUGAUCUAGAGGGUAUUACAUAGCUGGGCGAAGAUAUUAAGUUUAUCUUCGAGUGGAUAUAUCAUGAGUGAGGUGAAGUGAAGGAGUGAAAAUAUUUUCAACACAAGAUUAACACAGUGGUACAAAGUUUGUUUUUUAUAUUAUAUGGACACAUCCACAAGAAAUAAAUAUGCAAGUUAAUCAAAAGAAUUUUAAUUUUGAACCGGUUCACCAUUUUGACAACGCACAUCUAGUCAGCAGGAAAACACUGGGAGUGACUUCAUCAGAGUGAAAUAUUGGGAAAUGUGUCACUCAGAUCUGCGAUGUAUUUCUCAUGAAAAACACGAGAAGAUAUCUUCAACCCAAUGUGUGAUUUUCUUUUUAUUAUAUUAGACACACAAAAAGUACCCAAAUUUAUCAAAAUUCAUCGAUUUCCUCAUGAGUGACAUCUCUCUCUCACACACACACAGUACUGUGCAAAAGUCUUCAGCACCCUAUUUUUUUUUCUCCAUACAAACUUUGUUAUAGAUUUCUGUUUUAUGACUUCUACAUUACUGAGUCAGUACGACAACAUUUUAGAGUCCAAAUGUUUGUAUCUGGCGGCACGGUGGUGUAGUGGUUAGCGCUGUCGCCUCACAGCAAGAAGGUCCUGGGUUCGAGCCCCAUGGCCGGCGAGGGCCUUUCUGUGUGGAGUUUGCAUGUUCUCCCCGUGUCCGCGUGGGUUUCCUCCAGGUGCUCCGGUUUCCACCACAGUCCAAAGACAUGCAGGUUAGGUUAACUGGUGGCUCUAAAUUGACCGUAGGUGUGAAUGUGAGUGUGAAUGGUUGUCUGUGUCUAUGUGUCAGCCCUGUGAUGACCUGGCGACUUGUCCAGGGUGUACCCCGCCUUUCGCCCGUAGUCAGCUGGGAUAGGCUCCAGCUCGCCUGCGACCCUGUAGAACAGGAUAAAGCGGCUAGAGAUAAUGAGAUGAGAUGUUUGUAUCUGAGCAGCAUAUUCCAUAAGAGAGCACUUUUCAGAUUACAAAAGAAAACAUAAUGAAGGCUGCUGGGUUUUGGUGCAAAAUGAAGGAGAGUGUCCAGAAGAACUGUGGCUGGUUCUGGAAGAUGCUCAGUAAAACCUACAGCUCAUUUCCUUGUCGAACUGCACUCACUGUACCGGAGGACUACGAUUUAUUUUAAAAGCAAACAGUCGUCUCACACCAAAUAUUGACUUUGUUUCAUUUAUUAUGGCUUACUGACUAUAGGAUUUUUUAACGUUGAAACAUUUAAUUUAAUUCUUUUUAAGCCAUUUUUGGUUGACAGCAUUUCUUUACACGUGCCUAAGACUUUUCCACAGUACUAUACACCAUGGUUUUGGUUCUCCAUGUCUGGGAUGUAGUUCGUAUGAAAAAUACAAGUGGUGUCCAUAUAAUAGAAUCCAAUAUUUUACUCAGGAUAUUUCUCAACUUUCUCCACCAGAUUCUGUCAAAGUAUAUUUCACCUUCCAGAUAUCUAUUUUCAUUUCAGGAUUCUAUAGUGCAGCAAACUCGGAUUGUUCAUUCCAAGUGCAUUUUUCUCUGUUCUUCUUAACUGUAUCAUCAUAUGAGCCUAUUAUUUAAAAAAAAAAAAAAAGCAUCCAGCUGAACUAUGACCCUUAAGUCUGCAUUCCAACACUGAUAUCAGGAUGCAGUGAGUUGACCGACAUCACGACCUCCUGGAGCGGCGUGUAGCAGAUGUAGAGGGUGCAGGAGCAGGCAGCUCUCUUGCAGAUGACUGGUUUUGUGAUUCUGGCUGGAUUUCUGACAAAGUAAAGCAACACAUACAUUUACGCAAUGUUUCCUUUUGUUUUAUAUGACUGGAUCUGUGCAGAUGUAGUAAAUUCAGACCAACUGUAUAAUAACGAAUCUUACCUGGUAUCUCAUGAGCCCAGAAGUCACUACAGGAAGGGCAGUGUGGAUCAGUGCGUCCUUUAAAAUAUCUGGCCACGCAGUGAUAAUGCAUCUUGAUUCCACACUCGAGGUUUUCACAGAUUUGGCCCUGAAAACAUGAAGGAUAAGUUUGUACACGGAGAUGGAGAUCAAUUUCACUGGCACUGAAAAUAAAUAAUGCAUCAA